AUGGAAAAUUUUGGGGAAUGCACUUUUAGGGAAAAUAGACAUCGUAAUCUGAAUUUAUUAAGUUUAGAUAAUAAUUCAGCAGAUUCAGCUUCCAAUGAUCCUGAAACCCUAUUUAAAACACUAGAUAAUUACAUAUUGCAUAAUAUUGUACCAAGGGGUCUGAGGAUAUUCAAACAUCCAGCCUUUGAGCUGGAUGAAGUGGAACAUGCAACCGAGUGGGAUGAAGCAUUGCACGAAUGCUCCAUUAAAUUAAUCAAAAUUUUGGUGAAAUAUAGGGAACAGAGAUUAGAGAAAAAUAAAAUUGAAAUUAAAAAUAUAAUACAGAAUAUACAGGGAUAUAAGAAUGAGGAGAAAUGGAUCAAUAGAAAUGCUAGCAUUCAAUCUAGAAUUAAAAAAUUAGAUGUUGAAUUACAAGCAAAGAAACAUAAGAAAUUGUUAAGGGAUAUGGAGGACUUCAAAGAAAAUAAAGUGUAUAGUUAUAAACAAGAAGCUAAUGAAGCUAGGUUAGCAAAACAAACCAAUAAGGUAAGCGGUAAUACAACAUACACACUUACCAACACCAAUAAUAUAGAUCACGCACAAUAUGUGGAGGAAUCCAGAAGCAAUUUUUCCCAUUAUAAUCAGCCGGGGAUUGCAAACAAUAAUCAAAACAACUAUAGACAAUCUCAACACUAUAAUGAAUCUAACUUUAGAAGAAAUUACCAAUUUAGGGAUCAAAACAUGCGAAUAAAUUCCCCUGUAUAUAACCGAAGACAGUCUUUUAGGCCAAGAUUUUCUUCCAAUCAGAAAGACUCUCCCACAAACUGGAGGAGAAACAGCAAUUCCCAGUUUUUUAGGAAUGAACCCCCUAACCCUAGAGGUUUCUAUUCCACUAGGGACCAGGAUUCUGAUUGGCAUCAUGUCCCCAUCUCUAAUAGAUUCGAACCCUUGUAUAAUCACCACACUAGAAAUGGAAAUUGGGAAAAGACAGGGGCUAAACCUAAAACCAAUGCCGUGGUGAAUAACCAGCAACAUUUUUUAGACCAUCGAGAGAACCCCAAGGAACCAGAUUUAAUAGUACCUCCAAACCAUGCCCAAUCCCAAAUAAGAUCGGGAAAAAGACCGUUAGAAAUAGACGUGGAACAAGAGCUGGGAGAAGAGUACAGGCAUCUAGAGAGAAGAAGGAAGAAUUAG